AUGGCCUGGGAACAAGCCGAGGAGAAGGAUGUCAAGGGGGUCGCUGUCAUGCUGUUUCUCACGGACCAGACUGCAGACUGUAAUACCGCUUCCUGUUAUCCUUUACUCGGGAUCUCUGGGCCAGAACAGCGAUUUUAUCUGGGAAGUCUCACGUUGAUCUUUAUCAAUGGACAUGAAUGA